UCAUACUACGGAGCUCCCGACUACCGAUGCAACCACUGCGGGGCUAGCUUUUGGUGGCGUGAGAGGAAGAAACAGUUAUUGGUGAAGGUUAUUAUUACAAGGCUGGGCUAUGACAAUUGCUGGUGGUUCCUGUCAUGCCGGGAAUGUCAUAAAACAACCUAUGUUUUUGGAAGGCAUUUCCGUUGCUCGGACCCCACUUGCCCUUCCGUUAAUGCAGAUCCCUCAUACUGCGUGUGCACCUUUCGAAGUGAUGGUGGAGCUGAAGCAGAAUUCAUGUGGUUUGAUAAAGCUGCAAGGAGUGUUGUUGGCAAGCCAGUCCUGCCUCUAAUUGAACGCAAAUACCUAGGUUUUACAAGUGUGCAUGAUCUUGCCCAGAUAGGAGGUGGCGAUGUGGCAAUGCCUACUGAGAUUUCCCGCAUUGUUGCUCAGAAGUAUGUGCUUGUUGUUUCUAUCUCCACCAAGAGCUUCCAGCCUACAAGCACUCAGCUGUCCUUCCAAGUUAGCAGGAUCGAUCAAACCUUUAAGCCUAAACUUCCACCCUUGGGAUUUGGUGGUGCAUCAGGCGCAUCUGGAACGUCGUCUUCUGCUGAGAACUCUGGUGCAGCGCUGCCCAUUCUCGAGUCUUUCCCUACAGGAUCGGCUACACCUACUGCACUCCCUCUAGAUGAGAUGAACACUCCUAUCUCUGCGUUCAAAAGCAAAGGGCAGGCCACUAUGCCUAAAACGCCUAGCAAAUCACCGUGCCCAAAAAAUUCUCGGCGCAAGCUUUUCACUACACCUUUGAAGAUCACCGCCGCUGAAGUUAAAGGGGGCUGACCUACCUGCUUCUACUGCCUUUGUUAUUGCCAAAGCUGAAAAGAGUGCUUCUACUGGAGAUACAGUUGAAGCUGUACCCAUGCCAAAUGUUUGUGCCUCUUUCACAUGUAACUACCUUCCCCUUAUGCACAAACCAUGCUUGAUCCACACCAAUG